AGCACAAAGAGGAUACUAAGUAUAGUUGCAAAAAAGCUACUUAGACUUAUAUUCAACCGUUGAACCGACCAGACCUAACGACUAGACUUGUACCGACACAUUUGGGUAUUUGUUGUCAAUUAUCGAAAGCACACGUCACUCACGUAUAACUCGCCACUUUCCCCUUGUAAUUUUUUUUUGGUUACCAAAUAAAAAGAACAACAAUAAUAAACAAUACAAUCAAAUAACUCGAAUUACUAGUGAAAUAUUGUCAACGUACCCCAUUUAAAGAUGAUGAGCCUUUCCAAUGAAGAUUUGCAAUAUCGCAAGGGAGACCCUACAAUCUCCCCCGAUGAUGCUACCACAGCAGCAGCAGUAGCAGCAGCUCUGUCAGCAGCUGCCGCGGCAGUUGCUGGGAUUCCUCAAGUGCAACUUAAAGAUGAAGAUGCUCAUCACUUAGCACAACAUCACCAAGUUUCUCACCAUCAUGAUCCUCAUCAUGCUAUGGUCCAACACCAACAACAUCUCCACCAACAGCAACUUCAACAACAUCUCCCACUUCAUACCCAUCAACAACAGCAACAACUUCAACAACAACAUCAUAUGCAUCAUAUCCCACAUCAAGUACAACAGCAACAUCACCAUCACCUCGAAAUGUUGGCCCAAGCCAAUGAAGAAGAUAUUUUAGAAGCCGCCAAUCGUAAAGUUGCUCCUCGUUCUAGUGAUUUAUUCAGAGUUGGACCAGGAUUUUCUGAAACAAGACAUCAUCAAGAUAUCUAUUGUAAGAAAAAUGAUAUGGAUGUAAACCCAAUUCUUGAAGCAAGAAUUGAUAGAGGUUUUGAAACUGGUGAAAAUGGUACUUGGAUCGGAUAUAAAAGAAAUUAUUUUACUUUGGUUGCAUCAUUUCUGUUGGAAAAUUUUGAUUUCAAUCGCUUUAUUCAAAAUAAGUUUUAUACUUAUGAGAAGGCAUCAAAAGAUGGUGAAUCAAUUGAGAAAAAAGUUGAAAUUAGUUAUUUUGCAAUUAGAUUAGUUGCUAAAUGUUCUGACGAUGAAGUUGCAAUUUCUCUUGUUCAACAUACUGCUAAAAGAGAUAAGGGACCACAAUUCCCACCUCCAAUCUAUCCUGCAGUACCAGGAGAUAUGCCAGAUCAUGAAACAGUUCGUGCUUCAUGUAAUAAGAGAAAUGGUAAUAAAAUUGAAAACAUGAAUAAAGUAUUUUACUUUGAUCGUGCAGAAUAUUAUCAUAAUACUAAUCUUGACACAAUUAAAGAUGAUUCAGUAUUGAAAAACUAUCCAAGUGAUAGUAUUGCUAGAGUUGCUAGAUUUGAACGGAUUCAAUUUACUUCAUCAAUUCGUUUAAAGUCAACUUCAGUAAACAGUCGUUACUUUACAUUACACGUUGAAUUACUUGGAAUUAUUGAAGAUGAAGAUGCUCAAAUCCAACCUAUUUUAUUAUCAUCUAUUGAAACUCCUCCAUUGAUUAUUCGUGGUCGUUCACCAUCGAAUUACCACAAAGACCGUACUUCUGGAUAUCGUCCUCAUAUCCAUCCUCAUUAGCGCGAGGAUUUUGGAUUCUUAUAUGUAC